CCCAGUCUAUAGUCCCGGAAGAAUGAAGAUUUAAAUACAAGGCCAUGGCUAAACAUCUGAAGUUCAUUGCCAGGACUGUGAUGGUUCAGGAGGGGAACGUGGAAGGUGCCUGCAGGACCCUAAACAGAAUCCUUACCACGGAUGGGCUUACGGAAGUCAUAAAGCGACGACGCUACUAUGAGAAGCCUUGCUGCCACCAGUGGGAGAGCUAUGAAACAUGCUGGAGGAUCUACAACAUGGAAAUGACUCGAAAGAUUAACUUCUUGAUGCGAAAGAACCGUGCAGACCCAUGGCUGGGCUGCUGAGGCUUGGGGCUAAGCAC